AGAGGGAUGCCCCGGGGGGCCCCCUGUUCAGGAUCUGGCCACCCUGUGGUGGGCGCUGGCUCUGACCCGGUCAGUGGCUGCGGUGGGUGGGAUCCCCAGCUUGGCUGGCUGCACCCUGCGCAUUCCCCCCUUGUUCACUCAGCAUCACCGCCCCGCCUGGCCUUGUCAGCUGGCCCCUUGGUGAGGGGAGACCCCUGCUGCCACCCAGCCUGCCCUUGCUGCCCAGGCCACUCUGGCCUGGCUUAGCUCCCUCGCCCUUCUCCUCCUGCUCCAUCCCACCCGAAGCUCCCCCUGCCCUCCAGUUCCUGACCAGACCCUUCCAAGAUGGCUCCUCCCGAAAGUGGCUCUUGCUGAGGUCUGAUCACCCCAACCCUGGGGGCUGGGAACAGGCAGGUGCAGGGGUCCUGGAGCCCGGCUCCUGGCGAGCUGGCCAGCAUGACCCGAGGCGUGGGGCUAGACGACGAGCUGCCCGACUGGGCCGGCGCCAAGGAGUUCUACCAGAAGUAUGACCCCAAGGAAGUCAUCGGCAGGGGCGUGAGCAGCGUCGUGCGACGUUGUGUGCACAAGCAGACGGGGCAGGAGUUUGCGGUGAAGAUCAUCGAGGUGACCUCAGAGCGCAUGACCCCGCAGCAACUGGAGGAGGUGCGGACCUCCACGGGCAAGGAGAUUGCCAUCCUGCGUCAGGUGGCAGGGCACCCCUACAUCAUCACACUGAUCGAUUCCUACGAGUCGUCCACAUUCAUGUUCCUGGUGUUUGAUCUGAUGCGGCGUGGGGAGCUCUUUGACUACCUGACGGAGAAAGUGACCCUGAGUGAGAAGGAGACCAGGUGCAUCAUGCGAGCGCUGCUGGAGGCAGUGACCUACUUGCACGCCAGCCACAUCAUCCACCGUGACCUGAAGCCCGAGAACAUCCUCAUGGACGAUCAGCUCAAUAUAAAACUCUCCGACUUCGGCUUCUCCUGCCGGCUGGAGCCAGGGCAGAAACUGCGGGAGCUGUGCGGGACCCCUGGGUACCUAGCCCCAGAGAUCCUCAAGUGCUCCAUGGAUGAGACGCACCCGGGCUACGGCCAGGAAGUGGACCUGUGGGCAUGUGGCGUGAUCUUCUUCUCCCUGCUGGCCGGCUCGCCCCCGUUCUGGCACCGCAAGCAGAUGCUGAUGCUGCGCAUGAUCAUGGAGGGGCACUACCAGUUCAGCUCUCCAGAGUGGGAUGACCGCUCCGACACCGUCAAGGACCUGAUCUCGCGGCUGCUGCGUGUGGAGCCGUCGGAGCGGCUGACAGCGGAGCAGGCCCUGCAGCAUCCCUUCUUCGAACGCUGCGUGGGGCGCCCGGUCCGGCUGUUCAGCCCCUACCGCCGGUUCAGGGUGCUGGUGUGGACGGUGCUGGCCUCCAUCCGCAUGUUCAACAGCUACCGGGUGCGCACGCGGCCGGUGACGCGGGAGCUGCUGCUGCGCGACCCCUACGCGCUGAAGGGCGUGCGCAAGCUCAUCGACGCCUGCGCCUUCCGCAUCUACGGCCACUGGGUGAAGAAGGGCGAGCAGCAGAACCGCGCCGCCCUCUUCGAGAACCUGCCCAAGGCCCUGCUGCUGGCCCUGCUGGGCGCCGAGGGCGAGGGGGCGGAGCUGGGCGAGGGGGCGGAGCACCACUGCAGCACCACUGCUCCCCUCCACUAGGAGGCAGGGACCAGGCUGGGCUGCGGGAGAUCCCGGGGUGGCCCCCCAUAGCCUGGGCACCGCGAGUGGGGGAUGGUUGCACUGAACUUCAAGCCAGGGACACUCCCCACCCUCUCGGGAGUGCGGGGGGGCCCUAGUGCAGGUUUGUCCGGGAUCUCUGGGACAGGAGGGGACAGUCCUGCCUGGGUGAGGUUUAGGGACCCUGUGUGUGUCUGGCAGGGAGGGGGGAGACCCCUGGCAGGGGAGGGGGCUCGCAUGCUGUGUGUGUACGUCGAGGAUGCAGGGGCAGCUCGCAUUCCCCUGCCCUGGGAUUAUUUUACUGGCUCAGUAUUGCAUCCGGGGGGAGAUGGGGCCAAAUGCUCCCCCCUCCCCGCCGGGCUCAGCCUGUUGAUGUAGCUUGGUUAAUUGUUAUGUUUUUCUUGUAGUCUGAUUUCCUGUGCGUUAGAAUAAAAAUCUACUGUGACCCCUA